AACAAUUAAAGACAUACUUGAGAACAAGCUCUUUGGUUUCUUAGAAGAAGAAGAAGAAGAAGAGAUGGGGAAUUGCAUGAAAAGCAAGGGAAUCUCAAAGCAAGAAGAUGAAGAAUGGGAAAUAGAAUCAAUGGAGGAGAUGAAGGAGAAGAAGGGAAAGCUAAUGGAUGUGAAGGUGGUGAAGAUGAGGAUUACAAAGAAGCAGUUGGCUGAGUUGCUAAGUAAGGCUGACAUGCCAGUGCAACAAGUUCUAUCACUUAUGAGCUCCGGUGAUGUCGGUGUCAGUCCCCGGCGAAGAGGUCGGCAAUGGAGGCCAGCCUUGCAGACCAUACCAGAGAUGGUGGAUGAGUUGUGCUCUUAAUAUAUAUAUGGUCUUGUAUAUACAUAUAUAGCCUUUUAGGGUUUAGGUGAAGAUGAUGAUGAUGAUGAUGAACAGCUUGUGCUUUUACUCUGAAGCUAGCUGUUAUUAAUUUGUCCACGUAUUUACUAGAUUAGUAUAUGUACGUAUACUUGUUCAUAUGCAUGUAUUUUAAACAAGUGUAUGUACUUUUUUUCAUGAGAAAUAUCAAUGA